AUGCGCUUCGACGUCGCCAGUGCCUGCCUCAUGCUCGGACUCGCUCUCAUGCCACCCGCGUUGGUGGUGGCCGGGACCGAGGUGCUCAUAGCCAUCCUCUCGUUCGUGCUACUCGCAUCCCUUCAGUCAGCGUACGAGCUCCUCGCCACGUUUCAAUCCCAUCUCUCGAGCGUACACCUGCUCUACGUCCUUGGGAAGCAGCAUGAAAAGCGGCGCCCGAAUUUGCUGGACGCCGGGUUUCGCCCCGACGCGGUGCGGAAGCUGCCUCCCGCCGCCUACCUGCACACGACAUACGGCCUGGAUACGAGCAUAGCCGAAGAGCUCGGGACGCUGAUCAACAUCGUCGUGCGUGACAACGUCGCGAGCUGGUACAAGCAGCUCACGAACGACGACGCAUUUCUCACCGGCGUCAAGCUCAUCCUCUGCGACAUCCUCGGCACGGUCGCGCAGCGCUGCAUGCAGCAUCUGCAGUACCACAGCGCCAUGGCGCUCGCCACCGAUGCUGUCGAGCUCGUGCGCCUCCACCUCGCCGCCUUUCGGGAUAUGUACGCAACGCUCGCGGCCGCGCACCCGAUCGAGUUUGACGAGCAGGACAACGUCGACGCCCGCCGCCGGCGCGUGCUCGAGUACGUUCGCCACACACACACACCGACACUGCACCGCGGCUGCCACGACAGUGGCUACCUCAAGCACCUCUCGCUACAACUGCUCACCGUGUGCCGACCCGACGCGAACCCACGCCGCGACCAUAGCACCUUGUUCUCGCUCGGUGCACUCACGUCUCACUUUUUGGCGGAAAUGAUCGCCAAGUGCAUCUUGGAGCCCAUGCUCGCGUACAGUGAGCCCAAGCACAUGAACAGUCCUAUUGGACAACCGUACGCCGCCUCAACGACCAAGCGAUAUGCCAAGUGGGACGAAGGCGAUCUGGCCAAGCUCUGGCCCGAGUUGGAUGCGUCGUCGUCCAUGUUACUGACAACGUGGACGGCGGAGCCACCUCCGGUAUUGCUUCGAUCCAACACGAGUUCGUCCGGGACGACCAGUGUCACGAAGAAGAAGACAAGCCCACUCCCGUCGUUGAUGAAGAUGAAGGCACGCUUUCGUCGACUCCACUCGACCAACAAUAGCAGUAGCAAAUCGCUAGCCCACGAGCCAUGCGUCGAUGCGUCUGCGUCAUCGGCCGGAGACGCGGUCGUCGCCACGCUCACUAGUGCCGUCGACGCCAUGGUGCGACUCCUCCAAGGUUCGUCCGAGGCGCGGGCGAGCGGUCGCAGUGCCGAAUUGCACGCCCUUCUCUCCGCACUAGAGAAAGUGCUCCUCUUCGGUCUGCAGCCAUCGGCGACGUACUGGACCUACCUCACGGAAGCACGGCCCGAAAUCACAUUCUGGAAGCCCCGCAUUGAUGUCGUGCUAUCGCUGCCGUCGGCGACACCGAGUCACGAUCUUUGCUGUGCGCGCGGGCUGCAGUGGCUGCUGCUCGGCCUCGAAGACGGCGAGCUCUGGGCCUAUUUUACCGCCUUUACGCUCACGACGUCGCUCACCGAGAUCUACUACGAGCCGUAUGCUAUCUUGCGCGACAAGGCGGCAAUGGAAAGCGUGUUGCAGGCGCUCUUCCGCCUCAGCGCAUACUCGUGGGAAAGCGACUUGGGCAGUGUCCUUGGCCGCCCCGAUACGGCGCCGGCCGACGGCAGCAUGGUCCUGGAUGCCGCCUGCGAGAUCGAGCGGUACUUGCCGCUGCAAGGCUGGGUCAAGUCCAGCGACAAGCGCAAGCGCAUCAACGUCCUGCCAUCGUCCGAGUGGGUCUGGACGAGCGAGUGGCAGCUGGAAGGCGACUGGCAGUACGCCAAACUCUCGAAAGACGGCUUCCACGACACAGAACGGUCCCUCGACUGCGUGCGGCGACGCAAGUGGGUGCGCGAGCGCUGCACGCGCCAAUAUGUGCUUGCACCAGGUCGGCAGGUGCCAUUAUUGCGAUGCCUCAUAUGUAUGUUCUGA